AUGUCGCUCUCUCAUCAAAGUCAGCGACCCUUUCCCGAAUCAGACUCAUCACAAUGGUCAUCAGGGCAUCCCGGUCAAUUGCCUUCUCUCACACACGAUAUCCCUCCUGCCCUCUUACAUGACGUACCAACACUUUCGUACCCAAGAUACAUACUUCCCCCUCCCGGUCAACUCCUUCCAUCUCCCGAUCAGCUUCUUGCCUCUUCCGAAGUCCAUUUGCCCACAUCACAGCUCAACCAGCGAAAGAUACGCGGUAAACUGCCCAAGACUACAACGGACUAUCUCAAAGCAUGGUUACAUGCUCAUUGCGACCAUCCAUACCCUAACGAGGCCGAGAAGAAACGGCUUUGUCUCGCAACGGGGCUCUCCAUGAGCCAGGUAUCUAAUUGGAUGAUCAACGCUCGUCGACGCAUCUUAGCACCUGCACGGCGCUCUUCUGUUCCUGACCUUUAUUCACCAGUAUCGCCGUUCCCACCGGUACCUUUUGGUAAUCCCCAGACGUCCGGAGGAGGUAGAGGGUAUACGAAUGGGAACCCAGCGUCGUUGCCUCCGAUCAGUCCCUUUGCGCAAUCCUCGCGACAAGAUCAACGUCAGAUGCACCCCGUGUAUUGGAACCAGGGCAAUGCGGGGUCUUAUUCUAAUCUGUACAAUGGUUCAUCAGGUUACAGCGGUCAAUGA